UUAUUUUUAUUUAUUUAUUUUUAAUGUCAGUGGCAAAUAAGAGUAUGUUAAAUCCAUUCAUUCUUAAAAUUCACACAGGCUUCAUCUGUGAGAGGUUACCAACAAUUUCACAAAGUCUCACACAAGUUUUGAUGAGGAUUGAAUCAGAGGAGCCUCCAUCACAUCCUCUCCAUGAGGAACCAGCUUUGUAAAAUGUAUAGUAUUGUUUGACAUGCCUGAAGUGUCCCCUAACAAAUCAUUCUGUUUCAGCCUUUCAGAAAUGGCACGUAUGUCUGAAAUGUAACAUCAUGUGUCAAAAAAUGUUGAGCUGCGAGCGGUUCACAGUGAAUGGAUUUAUCUGUGUGAAUGGUGAAGUCUAGUUUCAGAUCGAAACACGAAUUGCACACACAGAAGCGCUCAGCUGAACAGGAUGUCUGGUGCAAAAAUCGUGCUCUUUUUGCAGAGCCUGUCCCGUAGGAAACCUCUGGAGCCUGAGGGAGAGGAGUCCAACUUUCGGCGAUGCCUUACCACCCUCGACCUUGUGGCCCUGGGGGUCGGCAGCACACUGGGGGCCGGCGUGUAUGUGCUGUCGGGAGAAGUUGCCAGAGCCGUAGCCGGGCCGAGUAUCAUAAUCUCCUUCCUGAUUGCGGCGGUAGCCUCCGUCUUUGCGGGACUCUGCUACGCUGAAUUUGGAGCUCGUGUUCCCAAGACUGGCUCGGCUUAUCUCUACAGCUAUGUGACCGUUGGAGAGAUAUGGGCUUUUAUCACUGGCUGGAACCUGCUGCUGUCUUAUGUCAUAGGGACGUCAAGUGUUGCAAGAGCAUGGAGUGGGACCUUUGAUGAUCUUAUAGGGAGUGUCAUUGCCAACUCUCUGGGCAAACAGGCUGCGAUGGAUUUACCUGGAUUAGCUCCCUACCCAGACUUCUUUGCAGCUGGCCUCAUAAUGCUCUUGGCAGGGAUUCUUGCGUUCGGUGUUAAAGAGUCAGCUAUUGUAAAUAAAAUUUUUACAGCAGUGAACGUCCUCGUGCUGCUGUUUGUCAUCCUCUCUGGAUUUAUUAAGGGCAACAUUGACAACUGGUACAUCAGUGAAGACUCUCUCCUCAAUAGAUAUGAAAAUCAAACAUCACUGAAUGAAACCACCAGAUAUGGCAGCGGAGGAUUUUUCCCAUUCGGCUUUGAGGGAACGUUAGCAGGAGCAGCCACUUGCUUUUAUGCGUUUGUUGGAUUUGACUGCAUUGCCACAACAGGAGAGGAAGUUCAAAACCCUCAGAAGUCGAUCCCAGUCGGCAUCGUGGCGUCGCUCCUCAUCUGCUUCCUGGCGUACUUUGGUGUGUCUGCUGCCCUGACUCUGAUGAUGCCGUACUAUUUGCUCAGUGUUAACAGCCCACUGCCUGUGGCCUUCACAUACAUCGGUUGGGGCCCAGCAAAAUAUGUGGUGGCUGUGGGAUCCCUCUGUGCGCUGUCAACAAGCCUGCUUGGAUCGAUGUUCCCGAUGCCUCGAGUUCUCUUUGCCAUGGCCAGAGACGGACUUCUCUUCAGACCUCUCAGUAAAAUGAGUGAGAGACAAAGUCCUGUCAUAGCCACCUUGGCGUCAGGGGUUGUCGCAGCUGUCAUGGCGUUAUUGUUUGACCUGAAGGCGCUGGUUGACAUGAUGUCUAUUGGAACCCUCUUUGCCUACACAUUAGUUGCCAUAUGUAUCCUCAUAUUAAGGUACCAAGUAGACCUCAGUGAGGAUUCAAGCUUCAGGAAACCAGAACCCGUCACAGUUACUGGAGUUUUAUUUCCUCCUUCAGAAGCCACCGCACGAUCGUCACAAAAUGUGUCUGUUUUAACUAUUUUUAUGAUCUUUUUAGCUAUCAGCUUGAGCCUCUUCGUAUCUGGGGCUCUAAACUCCCUGCAGGCCCUCGAGUGGUGGAGUUUACUUUGUGCCACUGUGAUCGUACUGAUGCUGGUCCUCACUGUGCUGAUCAUCUGGAGACAGCCACAGAGUACAGCUAGAGCUGCUUUUAUGGUUCCUUUUGUACCAUUGCUUCCCAUUGUAAGCACCAUUGUCAAUGUCUAUCUGAUGGUGCAACUUGGAUCAGACACAUGGAUCCGAUAUGCAGUGUGGAUGGCAGUCGGUUUAAUCAUCUACUUCUGUUAUGGUGUUCAGCACAGUGUGCAGAAACAAAGGCUCCAGAAUUCACACAACAGAGUCAGCAUUCACAGCAUCAUGACCACUGUGGAGCAAAACUCUGGCCCAGAGCAAGAUUUUAAUGGGUAAACAUGUAUCAUGGUUGAUGUACUGAUAAAGCCAUUCUGUCAUUGAGCAAAACAGAACCCUUUCAUUACAGUACAAAGUUUGGCCAGUGUUAUGUAGUGUUGUAGUUUUUGUUUCAUGAAUUCAGGAUAUAAAAAAGGCCGUCAGAUCACAAUCUCUGACUGUCAUUUUGUCCUCGAUUCAUGUGAAAUUGGGAGCAGUUUUGAGCAUUUGUCUUUUUCGUUGUUUUUUUUUUUUUGUAAAUAAAAAAUUGCAGUAAACCACUCUGCAUACAAGUCAGACAUGUAUUAUUAUUUUGUUUUCAUUUUACUGUUUAGGUUAUUGAUUGAUUCAUGUCAUUAUAUAAUUUCAGCAUUGUAUUUCUUAAUGCAGCGGUCCAUUCAAAUAAUAAACAAGUGAAAUAAGUCAUGCUGACAUCUGAGAUUUUGGGUAGUAUUUUCAACCCACUUUUUGGUAGCUUUUUACCUAACCCUGUUUGAUUAUUUUAACUCAUUGCUAGGUUUAGCCCCUUUUAACCCAGCACUGAGUUACCUUAAUAACAAAAUUGGGUUAUUUUUAA